AUGCCUGAAUUGAGCCAAUUGAAGGUAUCUCCGGCAAACUCCCAUGCGGUAUCUCCGAAAGAUUUUGCCAACAACGACAAGGUUAAGUUAUCUGGUCGUAUUUUGAAUGUGCUGACGACAUUGCCAACUCAGAUUGUGAGUAACUACGACCCCGAAACCAAUCGCUACUACUGGGAUGUGGACAUUGUGCAUGGAAGCCUGGCGUUGUUUUCCUCGCAGAGCUUUUUACAACAGCAUACUGAUUGGGAAACACAUGUUAUUGCUUGGACCGGUGAGUUGAAGAACAAGGUCAAGAACACUGUGAAUGUUACCGCUGAAAAUUUGGAGGAUGAUCCGUUAUACCUUGAUGAUGAGGAUAAGGAAGAAAUCGAGAAGAAGCUUCAAACGGCGAUAGGGUCAAAGAAUAUCCAUCCCAUCUGGUUAUUGAGACGUGAUCAAGAGAGAUGGAGAAAAUAUGCCGAGAGUGUAAUUUGGCCCGUUUUUCAUUACUUCCUGGGAACCCCUUCCGAUGGGAAGAAUGAAAUUCAAGCAUGGCACGAUUAUGUGAAAUUUAAUGAAGCUUAUGCCAACAAGAUUAAACAGAUUUAUAAACCGGGUGAUGUCAUUUGGAUUCAUGAUUAUUACUUGUUGUUGUUGCCUCAAUUACUACGCAUGGAAUUCCCUGAUGCUUAUAUCGGACAUUUCUUACAUACUCCCUUCCCAUCGUCUGAGUAUUUUAGAUGUCUUUCCAAGAGAAGUCAGUUGUUGGAUGGUUUACUUGGUGCUGACAAAAUUGGUUUCCAAUCAGAAUCAUUCCAAAGACAUUUUGUCUCUUGUUGCGCUAGACUCUUGGGGUGUGAAGUUACCAAGAAUCAAAUUUUUGCGUAUGGAACUACAAUUUCUGUCGAGACUUUACCCAUUGGUAUCGAUACCUUGAAGAUCGAACAGGACGCCUUUUCCAAAUCAAGUGGUAUUGAUGAAAAAGUUGCAACUCUCCGCAAUUUGUACAAGGGGAAGAAGAUCAUUGUUGGAAGAGAUCGUUUGGAUAGGGUGAGAGGUGUGGUGCAAAAACUCGAAGCGUUCCUGAUGUUUUUGGAAAUGUAUCCCGAAUGGAGAGAAAAAGUGGUUUUGAUCCAAGUGUCAACCCCUGGAUAUAGCCAUUCUGCAAAUGUGGAACAAAAGGCAACCGAAUUGAUAAAUCAAAUCAAUUCCAGAUACGGCACUUUGAAUCAUACACCGGUGUUGCAUUACCAAAUGAGGGUUCCAAAAGAGGAGUAUUUGGCAUUGUUAAGAGUAGCAGAUUUAUGUUUGAUUACUUCGGUGAGAGAUGGAAUGAACACCACGGCUUUUGAAUUUGUGAUUUGUCAAAAGAGCAAUAACUCGCCAUUGAUUUUGUCUGAAUUUACGGGGACUGCGUCUGUUUUGAACUCGGCAAUUUUGGUCAAUCCUUGGGACUCUGUGGGUGUAUCAAGAACAAUCAAUAAUGCAUUGUCUUUUACCAAUGAGGAGAAGGGGGUGUUGGAGAGUAACUUGUACAAGAAGGUUGUAUCGAACACAGUUCAAAACUGGACGUCAACUUUCAUUCGUGAUAUAAUCAAUCAUUCGGUGGUGACUCAUUCAAGUCAUUACACUCCGGCUUUGAAUCGUCCACUUUUGUUGAGAAAUUACACUCAUUCAAGUCGAAGAUUGUUUUUGUUUGACUACGAUGGCACCUUGACUCCAAUUGUGAAAGAUCCCGCAGCGGCUAUCCCUUCAGACAAGUUGAAUCGUAUAUUGGACAUUUUAGCAUCAGAUCCAAAGAAUCAAAUCUGGAUCAUAUCAGGAAGAGACCAAGCAUUUUUGGAGAAAUGGAUGGGCAAAAAGCAUGUCGGAUUGUCUGCUGAGCAUGGUUGUUUCAUCAAAGACUUGGGAGCCAAGGAGUGGGUCAACUUGGCUGAAGCAUAUGAUAUGUCAUGGCAGUCAAAAGUUGAGGAUGUGUUUAAAGAAUAUACAAAGCAAACACCAGGGUCCAACAUUGAGAUAAAAAAGGUUGCACUUACAUGGCACUAUAGGGGAGCCGACCCAGAAUUGGGUGCAUACCAAGCGCAAAAAUGUCUCGAUGAGCUUAAUGAGACAAUUGCCACUGAAUACGACGUGGAAGUAAUGUCUGGUAAGGCGAAUAUCGAAGUGAGACCUAAAUUCUUGAACAAGGGUGAGAUUGUUAGAAGACUUGUUACCCACCCGCACGGAACAAAGCAAUCACUUGAAGAAGAGUCAAAAGAUGAAGUGUGUCAUGAAAAAUUGCCAGACUUUGUAUUAUGUUUAGGUGAUGACUUGACUGAUGAGGAUAUGUUCAAAUCGUUGCACAAGAUUGAGAAUCAAUGGAAAUUGAACAAUGCACCAACAAAUGAGUUUGGUACUUAUGGCGUGUUCCCAGUUGCUGUGGGGCCCGCGUCCAAGAAGACUGUCGCCACGGCUCAUUUGACUGAACCUGCACAGGUUCUUGAAACAUUAGGUUUGCUUGCAGGAACCGUGUCGUUGUUUGAAAGUGCCGGAUCCGUGGAUUUGGAUGAUAGAGGGCAUGUUGCUAAUAGUGUCAGCUCCGUAAAGUCAAAGGAUGCUAUACAUCAAGCGUCUUUGAGGAAGAAGAGAAGUAUUGAACUUAAUGGUGGAGCUGCAGCUAAUUAA